GGUGUUGUCUUUUCAAUUCAUUUAUCUGCAGGAAUGAUUGCGACUAUCAGUCUGGAGCUCACCGCCUGGCUGAGGAGGUGAAAGUUUCGCCACAGGAAGAUAAACCGCAAAAGACAAUAUUGUACAUGAUUUGCGUUUGCAGUCGAGGAGAGGGAGUGGAGAAAAUUCCUUUCCGCUAAAAAUAAAUAGAAAUCCAUGAUCAGAGUUUGUCAAACUCGCACUGAGUAAACUCACACAAAAAUCCUCCAAGCAAAAGCAGUGUUCAGAAUAUUUGCGCGUGCUUUUUGAUUUUCCUCGCAGUAGUUUCAGUUACAGACUGAAGAUGCUCUUGGAUGCAGGAUCCCAGUAUCCUACCAUAGGAGUGACUACGUUCGGCUCCUCCAGACAUCACUCAACCGGAGAAGUCACAGACAGAGAAGUGGCUUUGGGGAUAAAUCCCUUUGCUGAUGGGAUGGGCGCUUUUAAAAUCAACCACAGCACCCACGACCUGGGCUCUGGACAAACGGCGUUUUCCUCUCAAGCGCCAGGCUAUGCCGCUGCCCUGGGACACCAUCACCACCCCACCCAUGUCAGCUCCUAUUCCACCGCGGCUUUCAAUUCCACUCGGGACUUUCUGUUUCGAAAUCGGGGUUUCGGGGACGCUACGAGCGCACAGCACAGUCUCUUCGCCUCCGCAGCGGGAAGUUUUGCAGGGCCACAUGGACACUCGGAUGCAGCUGGGCACCUGCUUUUUCCGGGACUUCACGAGCAAGCGGCCACUCACGCGUCUUCCAAUGUUGUAAACAGUCAGAUGCGUCUGGGCUUUUCUGGGGACAUGUACGGUAGAGCCGAGCAGUACGGCCAUGUAACCAGCCCCAGGUCCGAUCAUUACGCUUCGACCCAGUUGCACGGAUAUGGCCCCAUGAACAUGAACAUGGCUGCACAUCACGGAGCAGGGGCCUUCUUUCGGUAUAUGAGGCAGCCAAUAAAGCAGGAACUCAUCUGCAAAUGGAUCGAACCAGAACAAUUGACAAACCCGAAAAAGUCCUGCAACAAAACUUUCAGCACGAUGCACGAGCUCGUUACACAUCUCACAGUGGAGCAUGUCGGGGGGCCAGAACAAUCGAAUCAUAUCUGUUUUUGGGAAGAGUGUCCUAGGGAAGGAAAACCCUUUAAAGCGAAGUACAAACUUGUAAAUCACAUCAGAGUGCACACCGGCGAAAAACCGUUCCCGUGCCCGUUUCCUGGCUGUGGGAAAGUAUUUGCUCGGUCGGAAAACCUCAAGAUCCAUAAAAGAACGCACACGGGUGAAAAGCCAUUUAAGUGUGAGUUUGAUGGCUGCGACAGACGGUUUGCGAACAGCAGCGAUCGUAAGAAACACAUGCACGUCCACACGUCUGACAAACCCUAUCUCUGCAAAAUGUGCGACAAAUCAUAUACCCAUCCCAGCUCUCUCCGAAAACACAUGAAGGUUCACGAGUCAUCAACACAAGGAUCACAACCGUCACCAGCGGCCAGCUCAGGGUACGAGUCAUCCACGCCACCAACAAUCGUAUCUCCGUCUACAGAAAACCAGAACAGCAGCUCCAUAUCCCCAGCAUCUUCAACAGUGCAUCACACGACAAGUCACAGCGCCCUGUCAUCAAAUUUUAAUGAAUGGUACGUGUAAAAUAUUUUUAAAAAGACUGCAGAAAUAGGACUGCUUGAAAUCAAAGACUUAAAAGCCAGCCAUCAUUGUGGACCGAAAAAACAAGGAAGCCAAUUUUUUUGGUAAACGACGGUAUAUCCACGAAGUGAAAGCAAUGCUUGGACGAGGUACAUGGCCGACUGAGAAGUUAAAAUGUUUUUUUUUUUUUUUUUUUUUUUUGUUUUUUUUUUAAAGACUGCACACAUCUCGAAUUGCAUGCUAUCUGCGGGGCGCGGUCUGGUUUUGUACAUAAAGAUUUACUAGUUUAAAUAUGUAAUAUUUUAUUUUGUAAAUAGUUAUAUCACAGUUUAAGGGAAUUUGUGAAAAUGUGGUCCCUACAUUUAUGGAAAAUGAAAUGGUUUUAAAGAAUAAUGCGAUGAAUAGUCUUGAUUGAAAAGAGUGUUAUAGUUAAUGUGUACCAAAUGUGAAUUACUCAGUAUUACUACAGUCUACACGUCGACCUAACCGACUAUUAGUAUUAAUGUGCUUUUGUAUACAGUGCAAACAUUUCGUCUCAAGUCCAGUCUAAGUAGCACAGUAAAUUGUUGUUAAUGUCAUGUCGAUAAAUCGUAUAGUGAAAGCCUGAAACUCCGUGUCAAUCUGUUUAUGUACGAAGUGGUAAAAAGAUUAAACUAUCUGUUCAUUGCCUUGGUAAUUGCAAGAAAUGAAUAUAUGUAUAUAACUCAAUUUUCCAUAUUUAUCCGCAUGUAAAGGGCCGGUAUCACAUGUUAGAAAUGAUCGGUAUUUAUGGAGAAAUGCGUUCGUAUGUAAAAUUUAGUUUACACAAUUGUUUGGUUACUUUUCGUACAGUAUUAAAGACUUAAAAACAAAAUAAAAUGAAAUGAAUUCAA